CUCAUUGUCAGGAUGGCUGCUCUCACUCUGCUUCUCAGCCUCACCUCAGGGCUCGUUACCAUGGCAACGGCAGAGCAGGGGCUCACCUGCCGGCAGGAGAUUCCCACCGGGCUGAUCCGAGACCUGUGGAAUCGGACCAAAGUGCUGAUCAAUAAACUGCCGAAGGAAGAAAACGUCUCCAGGCGACUGAGGCUGUUGCCCAAGUUCUGCACCAAAUGUCCCGAGCGUGUGGUCGGCUGGCUCGAGAUGCGGGAACUGAUUGACAUCUACCAGAGGAGCGUGUUCAGCAGAGAGGUUGUCCAGAAGCUCCUCCCCCUCCAUUACAAUGACCUGCUGUAUCGACUGCAGCACACACUGCAGCGCUGCGUUUAUUCCUCUAAACCUUCAAAAUGGCUCAAAAUCAUCACCAAACUGGAGAGGAAAAUUAAAAAGGAGCUGAAGGAGCCAGAGAUUGGCAGCAAUCCUCUCUUCAGAUCUGUCAUCAGGAGCAUCAGCACCUCCUGCCAGAGAAAAGAACAAGUACAGCUGAUGAAUGCCACUCUGGACAUCUACACACACAUCUUCUCUAGCAUCCUGCAGCACAGCCACCACCAGCACCAUGACAGGACCCAUGUCCCAGCUCUGCUGGACCAGCUGAAAGAACCCAAAAAGUCUCAGGUGGUGUCGGCUCUGACCGAGCUCCGGGACAAGAUGGAGAAGCUGAAGAAGCACCUGGGCCGCCUGGACCACCAGAACCUUGACCAGGAGAAUGUGCUCAGUGACCUGAAAAAAAUCAUGGUGGACGACCCUGUCGAUCAGAGAAAGGCUCUGGCUCAGUUCAGAGAGGUCUACCAAGCUGCUGCUGUGGUGGCGUCCCGCGGCUGUGGCUCCACCCGUUAAUCAAGAUGAAGCAAGGUGCUGGGAAUCGGUUUCCAUGGCAACUAAUCCUUCUCAUUAGCUAAUCUAAUUUAGUUGAUUUUCCUGUGUUUAACUUCAUUAGGAAAUGUAACUUUUUUUUGUCAGAUAUUGUUUUUAUUUACAACUGGCUUCAGGUGGAUGAAGCUUCCAUGUCGACAUCUUAUUACAGUUGCACAUUUAUUUUAUUUCUCACUCCAGUUCUCCAAUUAACUCUGUUGUAUUUAUUUUAAUUUAAUA